AUGGGCUUCAUUCUUCUCAAUGCUCGCCUUCGCGGAGUUCGGAAAGAUCCGUUGCGCCAGGAGGUUUCCGACGGUUUCAACGCAGCCUUUCACGUUCGCCUCUGUGGAAGAGAGGGAGAAGGCUUAGUGUACAGAGCCCUGCAGGAUGGCAGCUCACCUUGGAUUCUU